AUGAAAGUCAAUCUCCACGGUCACCUUACGCUGGGUAAAGAAGUUAUGGAUUUCUUAUCUUACUUUUUGGAUUCAAAUCCUGCAAGUGGUAGACGAGACAUGUCGAGUCAGGAAAACGAUGUUAUUGUAAAAAUGGUAAAAUCGAAACAACUGUGUCGUGAUUUACAAUUUUGUACUGGGCUUUUAAGUCAGUUAAUUGAUGAUUAUAUUAUAAUACAAAUAAUAUCUAUAAAAAGUAUUUUCAAAGAAUCUUCUUACGAAUUUUUUUCUAAAACAGAGUUUUAUGACAAAAUAAACAAAAUUUUACGAGAUUUGAGAAAGAUUUUAAAAAUUGUCAAUGGUAAAAUCAACGACGAAAAAGAAUCAUAUUACUGGAUUAGCAUAAUUAAAAAAAUCAGUGCUAAAUUCCAAAAGUUAGUUAUUUAUAAUAUAGCAGAUAACCCAAAUAGUUUUGAUUUAGAAAAAAAAGAUGAACGAAAAAUUUUGAUUCAAAAAUCAAUAAUAGCGAUUGUUAGUAUUGAGUCCAACUAUGAAAUGAAACUUUGUGCACAAUAUAGUAUUUGUAUCAAAUCAUUUGAAUGUACAAGAGCACUGCACGCUAUCUUGAAAAAAUUAACAAAUAUACCUGAAGAUAAAGUAAGAUCUUUCAUAAGAUACUUUUACGAAGCGCUAUUUGCAAGCACAUUUUAUUCGCGUCUAAGCGACAUUACUGCUCGUGAGUUUCAAAUUAUUUUAAAUGAUAUGGCGUACUCGAAGAAUGUUCCAACUACCAGUUUGUUACAAUCUGUUCUAAAAACAAUUGAAUUGCGACUUGAACAAAUAGGAAACUAUAAUGAUACACAAAUGGAAUAUGAUGUUCAAUUAAUCCACGUAAUUUUAUCUGAUUUAGACCACUUUUAUAGCACGCACACGUCUCAACCAUUCCGAGAUUUUAUAAAAAACUUUAUCGAUUGGACAAUGUAUGGUCGACUUGGUAAAUAUCUACGUAAAAUUAUGUAUGAAUUAGGCAGUGAGGUAUCGUCACAAUCAGAGGAAAUGUCGUUAAAAAUUAUGAACGAAGUCAAAGUGUUCUUAGAAUUAACUAUUGAUCCUGAGAAGUAA